AUAAAGAAUCUGUCUAGAAAGGAAUAUAUGCAGCUGCUCGUCGAGGCGACAAACGUAAACAACUCUAUUAUUUCGCUAGUCAUCUGGAUUGGAAAUACAAAUUCGACCAUGUCUGGUGAAAAUACAACUCGAGAAGCUUUAUUAAAACUAUCUGAUGAACGUAAAGCACUGGAAGAGGAGCUUGCUACCUUCUUGGAUGUCUUGAAAACUCAAGGGGUGGGAAUGGAAGACAACCUAGUAGACAGUGAAGGAUUCCCUCGAAAUGAUAUUGACGUUCAUCAAGUGAGAAUUGCCCGCAACAAGAUUAUCUACCUCAGGAACGACCUCAAGGACAUCAUGAGCGAAAUGGAAAGAGGACUCGAGAACAUCCACGAACAAACCCGGGAGGGACUGGGGGUGGCCGAGCCGAUGGAAACAAUUAGCCUUGACUGCCAUUUAGAACCUUUUGCACACAUUGAUUUGGUCUCUCCCGAAUCUCCAGCUCAUUUAGCUGGCCUUCAAGUGGGUGACCGGAUUGCUGAAUUUGGCUCUAUUAAUGCGGACAACUUUGGAAAUUUAAAACAAGUUGGAGAUCUGGUGCAGAAUUCGAAGGAUCAAAAUGUCCGAGUGAAAGUAAUCCGGGAAGGCAAAAGCACGGCCAUUACCCUAAAACCUCGAACUUGGUCCGGUCGUGGUCUUUUGGGAUGUAAUAUUGUUCCAAUGGAUAAAGUAUUGGAUCGAUAAAAGAAGCCUGACCGUGUUUUUAUCUUGGUAACAAUUAAUUUUUUUCCGCCAUGUCACAAAAAAACAUGCCCAAUUAAGGAGAUCUGCUCUGAUCAAUGUGAAAUGCUUUCUUUUGUUUGAGACGAAACUCUGAAAAAGAAAGCUUUGGUUACAGGAAAUAAAUUCUUUUUUAUGUCGAAA